GUCAUGCUGCUGGAACCACACGUCUUGGACACUCUAUUUACCGCGCACUUUCUUUCUGCGCCAUGGACUGCGUCGUUGUCGUCUUCGCCGUCGCGCUAUUUCAAUCCUUUUAGAUUUCGAGGAUUGAGUUAAUCACCGCUUAGAUUUAAUCAGGGAUUUUCUGAAGAAAUUUUCCACUCUUAAGACGCUGUGGUAUGCACUAACACUUUCUGCUACGUAGAAGGUAACCGUUGAGGAUCGUUAGAUAAUGGAAAAGGUCUAGCAGGAGCAUAAAGGAAAGAAAAGAAUUCGAACGGAUAAACUAGUUCCCCAAUCCAGCGACGAGUGCGCUGCCUUGCUGCGCGCGGAGAUACGACCCUUCAGACUGGAAAGGUGGUUCAUUCGUACGAUGUUUCCUGCGGCCGGGGGAUCGUGAACGCUUUUCCGGAGCUAUACCCGCCGUGUCAGAUGUGUUAGUGAGAAGUAUUCAUGGAUCAUUCGAAACAAAGAUCGACUGUUGCGCGUCGUCGCACCUAACCGACGAUUAAUCUCUAACUAUUAGAGAUAAGUUUCGUUAAGUUUUGUAACAUUGUUUCGCAUGAUUAUUUCCUCGCCGCGCGACGAAGCGAGACGAUAAUUUUAGUGAAAGCAUUCGCAACUAUUUUGAUCGGCCCGCGGACUUUCGCGCUGUUAAGUGCGGUAGUAAAAACGAGUGAGUUCGCGCUGCUUCGACGAAUUUUCGCGAGCGAAUGACUCGCGAGUGAAGGUUCCGCGAUUACGGACAGAACGAUUUGCUCAACCGAUCGAUCGUUGGUGGCGAAAUGCGAUGCAUUCGACUUGCGCGAGUGUACCUCUGUGACUAUAAUCUCCGUGAAUGUGAAACGCGGAUAAACCAAUGAUUGUAGUUCGAACUGUGUUCGGGAUUGACGGAAGAACCUAUGCGCGUUCUCUUUGUAAAUUUUUUUUCUAAAGGACAAGAGACUUUUCCAGUCUUCGUACAUUAUGGGAAAUCUGUUUGAAAAGAAAUCCAUGGAUUUUUACAAUUUAACAAACUGAUCUCUUCGUUAAGGAUCUUACAUUCAUACAUUUGCAAUUUUAUUUUGCAAUUUUAUUUUGUAAUUUUAUCUUCAACGAUCCUUAAGACUUCUAAUUUACGAAUCGUUAGAUUCAAAAUCUCACAACUGCAAGUUCCUAAAUCCGUGAAGCCUCAUUCUUCAAGCUGUUCCAAUCUCUGUCGUAUUGACAAAUCCUCCCUCCUUUUCUGCACGGACAUAUUACAUAUUGACAAGAUCUGUCGCAAGUUCGUAAAAAUGAAGCAUGUUCAUUUGUCGAUAACCUUCAUCACCGCGUAUGUUUGCUACGUCUUCAUUUUGUCAGUGGCCAAUGGUCAUCAACAAAAUUUUCUUGAAACACCGCCUUCUUACCUAGAAGUGUUACCUGGUCAAGACGUGCAGUUACACUGCAGAGUGAAAAAUAAACGCGGCAAAUGUGGUUGGCUUCAGGAUAACAUACUGAUAUCGCAGGAUGUGGACAAAUAUAAAUGGGCAGGUGACCAUUCAAACGAUUGCACUCUGCUGAUCAAAAGGGUUUCCUUGGAGUUUGAUGACGGCAGUUACAUAUGCCAGGUCUCGCGUACCAAUUUCAACUUCAUGGACGGGCUCACGUCCUUACCAACGAGGUUGCUUGUGAUAGUGAAACCUAAAUCACCUAUCAUGCAGUAUGAAGGAGGUAAACCUUUAGACGCCGUUCUAACGCUUAAAGAGGGACACCAAAUCAUAAUUACCUGCAGUUCGAACUAUGGGAAUCCACCAGCCUUCAUUAAGUGGUUCUUAGGGAACGAAGAAAUAGAACCUUCGAUCGAACAGAAAAACACAUCAGAAGUGAACAAACCGAAGACCUGGAAAGCUUACAGUCUUUUACAACUACGCGGUCAGAGAGAAAAUCACGGUCUGCCGAUCCGAUGUGUGGCCACGCAUCCGUCAAGCCAGUCUCAGGCCAGUGUGGAGUCCCAGCUGAACAUACAAUAUUUGCCAGAAGUGCGGAUCGUAUCGAACCCGGAAAUUUCCACGACGCUAGUAGAUUUGGAGAGCGUGUUGGAUCUGAAGUGUCUGGCGGAAGCUAAUCCUGCCGCCGAAAUCAAGUGGUCAAAAAACCAAAUGCCGUUGAACGAUGUCACGAUACCAUCGCUGAUGUACAACAGAACGCAGAUCAACAACGGCAACGUGCAGAUCUCCAAGCUGCGUUUCCAACCGGUCAAAAGGCAGGACGCUGGGAUAUACUCAUGCCAGGCGGUCAACAUCAUCGGUGAAAGCGCUGCCACGCAUUACGAGUUGAACGUGCAAUACGAACCGAGGAUGAAGACAAACGGAAACGUCGCGAAUAAUAUUACCAAGAUCUUGGUGGAGUCGGUACUGUUGGGCUCCACGGUGGAGCCGUUCGAAUGUGCCGAGUUCGAUGCCAAUCCGUCCGCGCAGUACCGAUGGAUACAUACUCGCCGCAAGUCGGCAUUUACGAACAAGAGUUCCAGCCGGCGCCUUCGUUUGGAGCGUAUCACGUGGUCGGACCAGGGUGAAUAUCGCUGCAUGGCGUUCAACACGAUCAACGGUGUGAGGAGGGAGAAAUACAGCGAGCAAUAUUACAUGUUGAACGUGUCUGGCCCGCCGGAGAUCCAGGCGAAACCAACGUCUGACCACACGAGUAACCACGAGUCGGUCGGUUGGACCGGCGAACGCGUGCAUAGACUUAAAUCCCGACUCUGCUCGCAACCGCCGCCGAAACUAGUCACCUGGGAAUGGGGUAGCAAUCAGAUUCGAGCUGGAGAUCACAUACAUCCGAAGUACGAGGCCUUGCCGUUGGAACCGAUCAUCGAGAAUGGAAUGAUGACUGGCUGUUAUUGGACUAAACUGGAGAUCAAAGAUCUGCAGAAAGAGGAUGCCCGGAUGUACACUCUCUUGGUGAAGAGCGAUAAGGGUGAAGACUCUUUGAGAAUCAGAUUGAUAGUGAGAGACUCCACUGAGACACGUGUGAUAGGGGCUGCCGUAGUGGUCGGCCUGCUAUUAGUGCUCGCGUUGAUCUUCGCCGGUGUGUGGUCUAUAUUACGACUACGACGUCGGCGAUAUCGACAGGAGGUGGGAGAAGAGGGUAGUAUAGCAGCAGACGCACUAUAUGGUAACGGCGCGUCGAUGGGCAGUCAAAAGUCUGUCAACUCACCCACCCAUAUGAAAGCGAAGAAGUCCAGCCUAGACAGCGACCAGAGCGCGUACGAUUACGCUCACGUAAAGCAAGUACAUUCUAUAAGCCCGGAAGCGCUGAAGGUCAGGAGAGCGCCAGUAGUUCUGCAAUCACCUACCAUUGUUUGAAAAACAGGGACAGUCGCCUAGCUGACAAUUAGAUCAGAACGUUUCUUGUCGGUAUCAAACGUCACGUUUCUCAUCGACAAAAUUCUACUUUUCGAUAUUUUCUUUUUUAUUGAUAUAACGCAGUGACAUAAGAAUAUUCGAAACGAGCAUCUACUGUAAACUUAAGUUGUAUAAUUUACAGUUAGCGUAUAAAUUUACAGUUAGGUGAAAUUUCACGAUAGUUGGGGUUAUUUGGCUCGAUUUGCAACCUCACUUCCAAUUAAACUUUCUCCGCAUAAAAUUUUCGAUUUAAAUAUUUAAUCGGCUUAAAGAUCCGGUUUAUUUGAUUAAAUAUAAUGAUCUAAUGACUUCCAGUUUAAAUGUAAUGCAAAAAUCUAUAAUUCGACAUAUUAAAAUUGGAGAUUAGAAUUAGAAUAAAAGCGUAGUGUUAUAACUCUCAGUACUUUUACUGACGUUUUAUUAACAACGGUACAGCAUGUGUUCUCACGUCGAAUUUUACAUUGGGCUCGUUCCCCGAUGAAGUAUUCUCGAAAGACUGUCGAUUGUUUUUAUAUUUUUGUAGUACAUAGUUGAAUAAUUAUUUUUUUCUCUCGGAUUUGUAAGUUAUUUAUUACUGUGUUACUUGUUAUAUACUUUAUCGUGAUGAGGCUACAAUAGUGAUUUAAGUAUAACAGAUAGAGAAGCACGUCGCGAUAAAUGUUAUAUAGAAAGCCUUCUGUAUUCCUCUACAACGACGUGGGGUAUAGUCCGCAUCGUCGGUGCGGAACGAAGCGUGACUUUCAUAGCGGUUGCAUCUCAGUGACUUUAAUGGCGAUUGCGCGCCAACAGGAGCCGACGGGAAUGUAAAAAUAGGUGGACUUCACAGAGAAACGGGUACAGUCAUAUAGUUUGAUAUUUUGUUUCUAGGACUAAACUACAACAUGUAGAUAAG